UCCGUGGAGCCCUUCGGUUUAGCAAACAGAAACAAGAACGUGGAAAAUCUAUUUUAUAUUAGUUUAAGGCAUAAAUUUACAUUCGUUUUGUAUACGGAAACAGAAGAUCAGCCUAGAAGCCUUCUCGCGCGCUGGAAGAAUAGAAGUGUAGCAUCGAAACGCAGGAGAUAACUAAAGCUGAAAAUGACCGACAGGAAAUCUCACCACCAGCAGCAGCAGCCAAUUCUAUGUUUGGUCAUUAUUGUAUUACUAGCUCUUUGCCACAAAACUCCCGUAGUCAACAGCGUCGAGUUAACAUUCGAGUUGCCAGACAACGCGAAGGAAUGUUUUCAUGAGGAGAUACAAAAGAACCAGACGGCCACAUUAGAGUUUCAGGUUGUCAGCGGUGGAAGGUACGAUGUUGAUGUUACACUCGAGAGUCCUACCGGGGAAGAAAUCUAUCGUCAGAUAAAAACACAGUUCGAUUCCUACCAAUUCGUCGCUGCGGCCACCGGUGUUUAUGUUGCAUGUUUCAGCAACGAGUUCUCCACGUUUUCACAUAAAAUUGUGUACAUGGACUUCCAAGUUGGUGAGGAACAGCCACUUCCCGGCCUGGAGGAGCACGCGACAAUGCUAACGCAGAUGGAAAAGUCGGCCCAGGAAACACAUAAGGGACUGAACGCUAUUCUUGACUACCAAACCCAUCAUCGGCUGCGAGAAGCACAAGGUAGGAAACGUGCGGAAGAUCUGAACGAACGUGUUUUGUGGUGGUCGCUGACGGAGACCGUUUCCAUCCUGAUCAUCGCCAUCGGUCAAGUGCUAGUGCUAAGAAACUUCUUCUCGGAAAAGAAACCAAGCCAAAUGAAUUAUCCCCUAAUGAAAUAAACAAAAAAUUCGUCAACAUCACAUUGGCCAGAGCGGCGUUAGACCAAUUUAAUUAAAGCGAAUCUUUGUAUGUUUACCAGAGAACCUUUUAAUGCCUUUUAUACCCCCGACAUCCGUUCAUCCUUCAAACGUUUCUUUGAAGUUUCAGUAUAAUUGGUCUAUAUCAGUUUAGUAGUAUUUUAUUGAACAAUAAACAUAGGGACUUCAAUGUUUCAUGAUUAAGACAUUUUAGCUUGAUUAUGAAAGGAAUACACAUA